CAAAAGAUCUCAGUUAAGGGAAGAAUAUCAAUCACGGGAAGGCACAUCCUCUGAGAUUCACAGGAACGUGAUCGAGAGUGUGCUGUGAAAGUACGUUAAAGUGAACCAAGGCAUCGAUCGAAGUCCGUCUGUGUAAGAGAGCUCUGCCAAUUUGCUUCAUCGCGCAGCGGAGAACGAUCGCGAUUCGUCAUGAACUGUCUUCAAAACCUUUCAAUAUCAUCAUCUUUGCCGUUCCAGAGCUUCAAAUGCCGACAGAGAAAGCCUGAAUUCCAGCUCCGGAAUCUGGUGAUAAGGAACUUUGCGGAUCUACACCGACGUUUUACCGUGAAGGCAGUAUCUGGCUCUACAUCAAGUGCCGAAAUGAGUGGAGCUGAAGUUGAUGAUCCCGAGGCAGAGGAGGAAAAAUCUGAAAUAUAUAGCCAUAACAUGACAGAAGCUAUGGGGGCUGUAUUGACAUAUAGACAUGAGCUGGGAAUGAACUACAACUUCAUUCGUCCAGAUUUAAUUGUAGGAUCGUGCCUACAGACUCCAGAGGAUGUUGACAAGCUUCGCAGCAUUGGAGUAAAAACAAUUUUCUGCUUGCAGCAAGACCCUGAUUUGGAAUAUUUUGGGGUUGACAUUGGUGCUAUAAUAGCAUAUACAAAGACGUUUGAUGAUAUUGAACAUUUGCGAGCUCAGAUAAGGGAUUUUGAUGCAUUCGACCUACGGCUAAGGUUACCAGCUGUUGUAAGUAAAUUGCAUAAAGCCAUAAACCGAAAUGGUGGAGUGGCUUACAUACAUUGCACUGCUGGACUUGGAAGAGCUCCUGCUGUUGCGAUGGCAUACAUGUUCUGGGUUCAAGGCUACACACUCAAUGAGGCUUUAGAAUUACUGCUGAGCAAACGCUCAUGCUUCCCAAAAAUAGAUGCUAUUAAAAGUGCAACGGCCGAUAUUCUUUCAGGAUUUAAAAACAAGCCUGUCACUUUAUCAUGGGAGAAUCACCAAUGCUCAACUGUAGAAGUAUCUGGGCUUGAUAUUGGAUGGGGCCAGAGAAUUCCAUUAAAAUUCGACAAGGAACGAGGUGCAUGGAUUCUCAAUAAGGAACUGCCGGAAGGACGAUACGAAUACAAGUACAUUAUUGAUGGUGUAUGGACAUGCAACGAAAACGAGCCGGUCACUCCACCCAACAAAGAUGGCCACGUCAACAAUUUCAUUGAAGUGGUUGAAGAUGAGGAUCCAGGUAGUGAUAGAACCAUUCUUCGGGCAAGAUUAACCGGAGAUGAACCAGAACUCACGACCGAAGAAAGAAGCAAAAUAAUACAAUUUCUAGAAGAUUGCCCAGAUGAAAAUUGAAUGAAGGUAUGUUGCAUGGCAAACGCUAUCUAAGAAGAUUGCGUUAAUAUUUUAUUAUGAGAAUGUCAUAAAGAAAUAUAAUGCAUGCAGUCUACUAUAAUAAUAGUAGAGUAGUGUCAAUAACGACCAAAAAUGGAUUUAGUACUGUUCCACUAUCACUAUGAUUCGUCUCACAACAUUAAGAAUCAUGUUAUAAGACUUUACGGAAAUAAUAUUUUAUUAAUGUUCUCUGGUUUU